UCGCUCUCGGGGUUGGCUUCUCCUCCCCUCCCCUUCCGGUUCGGUUCUGGUUCGGGUCCGAGAGUCCGCUAGCUAGCCUAGUUAGGGUUUCCGUAGCACUAGUUCGUGGGACAGCGAUGGCGGACGGCGGCGCGGAGUACCGGUGCUUCGUCGGCGGGCUCGCCUGGGCCACCGACGACCGCGGCCUCGAGCAGGCCUUCAGCCAGUACGGCGAGAUCCUCGACGCCAAGAUCAUCAACGACCGCGAGACGGGCCGCUCCCGCGGCUUCGGCUUCGUCACCUUCGCCACCGACGAGGCCAUGCGCAACGCCAUCGAGGCCAUGAGCGGGAAGGAGCUCGACGGACGCAACAUCACCGUCAACGAGGCCCAGUCGCGCCGCUCCGGCGGCGGGGGCGGCGGAGGCGGCUACGGCGGCCAGCGCGGCGGCGGAGGCGGCGGCUACGGAGGCGGCGGCUACGGCGGCGACCGCGGCGGCGGCGGCGGCUACGGAGGCGACCGUGGCGGCGGCUACGGCCAGGGCGGCGGUGGGUACGGCCAGGGCGGCGGCGGCGGCGGCUACGGCGGCCAGCGCGGCGGCGGGGGCUACGGCGGCGGUGGCGGCGGCUACGGCGGCGGCGGCGGCGGCGACCGCUGGAACUGAGCGCUGCAUCUCGGCCAGCCAUCAUCUCGUCUUCGUCAUCAAGUUAUCCCUAGUUUGUCGUCGGUCCUGUUACUGGUUUCUGCUGCGUCUGUUGUCGGUGUCGUGUUUUUGAUCGGGAGCUCGGGUGGUUUGGGUGACAAGUUAACUUUGAGUUCUGGUUCUGGUUCCGCGAGGAAGAAGAAGAUCGAUCAAGUCGAGUCUAAGAGUCGUGAGUCUGUCUGUGUCGGGUCGUUUCGAGAUGCAAUCCCUUUCCUUCCAUGGAUCGGAUCGGGAUGUGAUGUGUUGGAACUAUGUUUACCUUUGAAUCAAUCAAUGAAAUCAAGUGGGAAUUCGAGAUGAAA